AUGUCGAAUCCGAGACAAGCCAUCAACGCCUCUGAUCGCAGUCGGGCUGUGAAGUUCAGGAACCAGCUGGCCCAGGAACUUGCCAGCGUUCUGCCCAAAGACUUCGAGUUUAAAGCGUACCACCUAUCGACAACCCCUGCGGCCACCGAAGCCCUUUGCUAUCCUCCUGCGUUGAAGUCGUCUGCCGACCCCAAGAACCCUGCCGAAGCACAGUCGAGGGAUAGGCGGCCGAGCAAGCCUUUGAAGACAUACUGCGAAAAACAUUUCCUGGCUGUUUCAGUCGAAGCUCCAAAGAAUGGAGGGCAGUCGAAGAGGAGCGAAGUCCUAGUCCUUGGGCUCGAGAUCUACAUUUAUACCACUGCUUUCAACACCACUAUCUUCGUUGCAAAGGCGGACUCGACUGGAUACCUACAUCUCCUGAACCUACCCAAGGGAGCAUCCUCCCCAAUUCGCGAAGUUACGGCAGUGUUUCUCAAAUUCCUCGUUACCAGUCGAAGACGCAAUUCAAAGCAAUUAGUUGUCAACCUCUUUGCACGCGCUCAGUCGCAAUACCUAUUCCCGGGCAGCGUCAAGAACAGUGGCAAACACGUCCUGGAUGACAGGCGCUUGAUCAAGUGGUGGUGUCGGGUCCUAAACCCACUUGUCGAGAACGAUGCCACCACAAGAAAAAAGCAGGAGACAUGGAACCGCGUACAUGGGUAUCUGAUUAUACCUGGGCUAGAUAACUAUGAGACGAGAGCCUUCCUUCCUCGGUCCUCUUUCAAUUGGACCUUCGAUCAUCCUCUUGAGCACAUCUCCCUAUACACAAAGGACGCAUCGACGUUCGACCGCGAAAUUCCCGCCAGGUGUCUCAUACCGACGUAUCCGGAUGAUCCCAAAGCCCGAUUCGUGCAAGAGCUGGAAGACUCGACAUCGGAGAAGGCCAAGUUGGUUGGCGGUUGGAAGAGCCCAAGAACAUUAGAACAGUUCUGGGAGAUGAUGGCCUUUCGGCAGGAGUGUUCCAGUGGACGGAUGACGGGAUUCAUAUGGGUUGUUUUUGACCCCGAGUCUACGACGACGGCACCAGGGGGUUCGGCUUCGAAUGAGCGGAGCUCUGCUGCGUUCAUGUCUACACCAAACGCUUCCUUCUGCGCACCUGCGGUCGAGACAGCGUGUCCUUCUACCCCAGUGAUGAGUCAACAUGAUAUUGUCUCACUUGUUACUCCAACUUCUACACCGUCGAAACCCGCUACAGCGGCGCCUGGCAAUCAGUCACGCAAGCAGCCUACUAAGAAGGUGCUCACAGGGCGGAUUCUUCCUCGGAAGCCCCAGAUCAAAAGGAAACACCGAACGAAGUUUCCCAAACAGAUUGAAACGCCUCACUAUUACUGGCCCGAGGAAGGUCGAGGACAGGUAGUACUCAACGAGAGCGGCUACAAUAGGGCUAUUGAACUACUACUACACCUAGAUUUUGGCACUCUGGAACAGGCGGUUACAAGCACGGCCAGGUGGACCAAUGAGGUGAACAUGAGCCAAGAUUGGGCCCUCAACGUCAUCGGUUGUAGGGAAAUAACUUCUCAGCCGCCAUCCAGCAGCGCCGGCACAGUCAAUAACCUGUCGGCGAUGACCAGAAGGAAACGACCAGUUGCAGAAGCGAGUGCCGGCUCCUCCCCUGCUCCUGUGAACGUGCUCGGCAGUGGGUUAGUACGUAAGAAAGCAAAGCUUGAGGCGGGCGACAACCCGUCAACGCCCGCAACAGGCGGCAUGCCUCGAUCGACUGAUACAGAGCCCAGAGUCAAUGUCCUCGGAGCCGGACUAGUUCGAAAGAAGGCGAAGCCAUGUUGA